UUAAUAACUUUGCAGUUCAAACACUGAGUGCGCAGGAGCUGUUGCUGUUACCGUUUAUGUAUUUUGUGAAAGUGAAUCUACUGUGAUAAUUAUGCAUCACUGUUCUUAUAUAUUAUUUUUCCUGCUUUUAUUACUUUCUAAUUAUGAAUUCGUAACAUCGAAACGAUUUACUGGUGGGCAUACAUAUCCAAAGUCCGGUGGCUUUUCUGGCGGUGGACGCCAUUCAUAUCCUUCGUCUGGGGGCCUUUCGGGAAGUGGACAUCGACCAUCAGGAGGCAGCCAUGGGUAUCCGACAACUGGAGGUUUGUCAGGAGGAGGUCACGGCUAUCCAUCACCUGGCGGAGGAAGUCAUGCGUACCCUUCACCUAACACUCACACUGGUAGUCACGCGUAUCCGGCAUCUAAUACACAAACUGGCAGUCAUGGAUAUCCCGCUGGUAAAGGAUUAUCUGGCAAUUCAAACACAGGAGCUGGACAUACCACUAAUGUACACUACCAUUACAACUACAAUCCUCCGCAGCAAAUUCGUUACACUCCCACGCAUGGUGGGUCGCCUGUGAAUUAUCCAGUUUAUCACUCACCACCUCCAACUUAUGUGUAUAAAUAUAAGGAUUCAGGAAGUAAGUAUGGUACGCUAUUGGCUGGUUUAGCGCUUCUUAACCUUGGAACGCUCGGCGUGAGCGCUUAUGCUCUAAGUAAGAGUCAUUCGAAUUAUACACCAAAGCCAGGUGAAAUAUGCAAAUUUGCUAUUAAAAAAGAUAAUGGAGAUUAUGAAGAAACUAAAAUAGACUGUAAUUUGAUAUCUAGUUUUAUAUACCAGGAAGAAGCUAAAACUCAAAGUGGAGGUACGAACACAACUGUCGUAACAACGGUGACAAAUAUUACAACAAUAAAUGCACCAAAUAACAGUGAUCCAAGUCCAUCACCAGUAAAUGCAAAUCCUUUGUAUGAAAUGUUACCAAAUGGCACACUGGUUCCUAUAAAUGCGACAGCUGCAAAUACAACAACAGUUGACUCAAACAAAACAGCCGAUGGCACAAUGGCAUCUUCAGUAACAAUCACAACAACCAAUACUACAGUGACUAAUGCGUUGGAUGUGAAAGGUAAACCGAUUAAUGUUACACCAGGAAUGCAGUGUUUUGUGAUAAGUCAUUCACCAGUAAGGCAUAUGAAGAAGGCUGUUCCUUGUGGCUUAUUACAAACAUACGCUGAACAAUCAUUGAAAAAAAAUUCAGCUUCAAGGAAUGUGCCCAUAAUUUCAAUAUUUAGUGUGGCUUUAGCGAUAAUUGUUGCUUAUUAAAAAAAUAUGUUGAUAAUAAUCUCAAUUUUUUAAUAUACCGUACUAAUUUUACAUUACUUUUAAAGUGUCUCUUAUGGUCCAGACAAGAUUUGUUUAUUAGUUAGUUAAGUGUGUUAUAGAUAGAAAUAAACAUCACAACUUAAAUAAAUUACUUGGUCAACUCACGGUAAUUUGAAUUGUGACUGAUCUAUUAUCUUAUUCAGAAAUUUUGUAUUUUAAGACAAUGUAUUUAAAUAAAACAUAGAUUCGAAAAUUGUCUCGAGUAUUUUAAAUGUGAUAUUAUAUACUUGCAACUAUUUUUUGAUAUUGUUGUAUUUGUUUAUGAGUAU